CCCAGCGCUUUUCCUCUGGCUCGCGUUUUCGUUCUGGCCCUUUUGCUUUGCCUUUCUUUGGGUUCCUUUUCUCCAGACUUCUUCGACUCUUCUUCUUCUCGUCAUUCUUCUUCCCUUAUUUUCAUCAUCUUUUUUCUUCUCCACCGCUCCUUCUUAACUACCCGAUCCCCCUCUUCCAAAUCCGUGUCUUCCGCUUCUCCUGCGACCGUGCUUGACACAUCUACUUACCUGUCAACUACUACUACCUACACCUGCCAACUACUACUAACUACUACCAAGUACUACCAACUGCAUGAGCCUUGACUCGUUCUCGCCUUAAUCUCCGAUCGACUGUAUGAAUCAUUCACCGUGCCAUGGACCGUAUCGGCCUGUGUCUGUGGUGCAAGACAGCCCGGUCAUGCGUUCUCCAUCUUCACCUUGUUUCCCUUCAGACUCGUGGGAGGAAUCCUCCUGCUCUCGCCAGGCUGUCGUAGCUGCAGACCAUCAAGACUCCUUCCGUUCCGCCCCAUACUCCCCCGUGCGUUUUCGAGACCAAGCCACCAUCCUUCGCCAGGACGUGACCCCGGCCAAACUCAGACGUCGUGCCUCACAGAGCUGUCUGCUCACCAAACCAUCCACCGUCUCCCGUUUCUUGUCCAAGAGUAACUCGCCUCUGCGGUUUCAAUCGGAGAAUCUGGGCCGUGUGGGAGGAUCUGCUACCAAGAUUGAAUCACGAACACAUUCGGCGGACUCGCGUCUUCACCUGUCUGCUACGUCGAGCUCUCUGUCGGGCCGAGCGUCGUCCUCUACCGUCUGGGAUUCUGCAUCCAAGGGCAAUUCCCCGGGCGACUAUCCUUCUGCACUCCCGCCAACACCCCCGGAUGACGACGAGCACGUUGCGUGGAAUCCUUCGUCCGGAAUGUUGUUGUUCGAAUCCCAGGUGAAACCGGAUCAUGGGUCCAUGCCCAUGGACGAGGGCCCCAAUAUCGAUAACAGAUCGCGGUCGUCUGCUCAGGACAGCCUUGGUAGCCCGUCGGAUCAGUCGUCAAAUGGUGCUUCCAGUGCUGGUGGAAGCCCUAGAUCACCCAGUGGUGACAUGGAUUGUGAUCCAAGUUCAUGGUUGGAGAAUGGCAUCGAUUCUGCUGUAUCCUCGUUGCCUUACUCGAAUGCCCGCGGAGAAGCUGUAAAGAUUGUAUCUCAGAUGCUUCCAUAUCCGCGCGCAGCCGACAAGUCAUCAGCUCCUCCCACUGAUGAUAGCGUCUUUUGUUCACUGGUUCAGACCGUACAAAACCGCCUCCAACAGGGCCAGUCGCCGUACAUCAACGUUACACACGCCGUCCCUGAACAAUUUAGCCUCUCCAAUCUCCCUUCCUCUCCCCCCAACACUCCUCGUCUCCUCUUCCCCGGUGACGACUAUUUCAACUCUACUAUCUUCUCCAGUGCAGCCGUGGUAUCUGCCUACCAUGACUUCCGGGGCCCUAUCCAAAUGCAUCCGGCACACUUCCCGAUGCCGGUCGUUCCGCCCCACUCUGUACAUAUCUCGGUUCUGGAACGGUACCUGCCUCCUUCCUCUGCCCAGGAGUACAAGGACUUUUUCUCACCGAACCGACCAUCCUUCUUGGCGGAUCGGAUGUCCGAGCUCUCCCCUGAAGGUGGAUCGUUGCUCUUGAUCUACCCUACCCGGAGGGGUGCCCAGACCUUCAAGUCGCAGUAUCUCGGACCUAUCCUGGAUCCACUACUGCGCCAGCUCGUCGUGGUUAACGAGCUGUCGGCCGACAUGGGCCGCUAUUUGGGAAAGAUGUCUUCCGUCUCGCAGAUGGAAGACUUCGAUACUAUGAAGUCAAACAUUGAUCAGCUAUGCCGUUCUCUAAGUUCGGCAUCAUCCCAAUUCAGCGUGGUUGAUGCUCGAAAGGGCAGUGCCGGUCUCGACCGCAAAUUGUGGACCGAGUGGUUCAUCCACCAAGACAAGGCCCGCAUGAAGGAAGUCCUCACCAUGUACUGGCAGAACGGCCGACGUCUCCCGGCGAACAAAGCCGUGUCGACUCCCCAGAACCACAUGCUGGCGGACAAAGAAGUGACCUCGGCCAUGUUGCUGGGCGAGAUUCUAGACGGAAUCCGGAGACGACCCUAUGGCGAGGAGAAUGAACCUCGCGAUGGGGUUGAACUGGGAGUUUUUGUGAUUCGUCGUUCUCAUUAAGACCUUUGUCUAAUUACAAGGGCGUGUUUUAUCUAUAUACUUUUAUUAUGAUUGGGAUGUUAGGCUAAGGUAUUUAAAAAGGUAUGCGGUGGCGUCCACGGCUUUUGUUUUCUGGGAUAUGGAAUCCUAAUGUGUGCAUUGUUUGGUUGGAUAUGAAUACCCAUGUUGUUUUCUGUUUAUUAUUGAUGGCCCCAUCAUGUUUAGACCGUGGUAUAUGAGAUACCGGUUUAUGGAUGAGGAGGAGAUCAAUAGCUUGAUUGUACAAUAAUUGCUGGUCAAUGAGAAAUGUACUACAAAGAAUCGAAGAUUCCAACAGAACAAUACCUCAUAGCUCAUAGCUCAUAUCUCAAUAGCUCAAUGUAGCUCAAUAAGACUAGUCAUUAUCUUUUUC